AUGGCGGACGCCGUAUCCAUCGAGCAGACCAACAAAAUCCGAGUCUCCCUCGGACUCAAGCCACUCCCUGUUCCCGGUGCCGCCACCGGUCCCGAAUUCAAAGAAGACGACUCCUCCAGUGGAUCUGAAGACGAAGAAGAACCCUCGAGUACACUCGAAACCCGACAAGAGGAAGGCUACGAGAACUGGAAAAAACUACAAGAUGAUGCCGACGCGAAACGCCGACGUGAAGAAAAGAACAACGCAAUUAAGAAAGCCCGCGAUGAGGCUCAACGCAUGAUACAGCUAGAAGGAUCGACACUGGGCGACUCGAAUGGCGCGGAUCUCGACACAAAAGCCUGGUUGAUGCAGUCCAAGAAACGCACAAAGAAGAUUGAGAAGGAGCGCGCGCGCAAACUGGCCCAGGAACUGGAGGAGCGGGAGCGUGAGGCUGCGAUUCAAUACACCGCUGAGGAUUUAUCUGGCGUCAAGGUCGGACAUUCUCUUGAGGCAUUUGGAGGUGGCGAGGAUCAUAUCCUUACUCUGAAGGACAGUGCGAUCGACAACGAGGAAGAUGGUGAUGAGCUGGAAGAUGUGCUUCUGGCGGAGAAGGAGAGGACCGAAGAGAAACUUGAGCUGAAGAAGCGCAAGCCGGUUUAUGAUCCCACGGCUGAGAAUGAAGGAAUCCUCUCACAAUACGACGAGGAGAUUGACGGCAAGAAACGCAAGAGAUUUACCCUAGACGCCAAGGGUUCUACAGAAGAGGAACGGGAGGCUAAGCGACAGGAGGUCUCAGGCAAGUUAAGGAUGGGAGCUAUCAGUCUAAACCUAGAGCCUGAUGUUCCGACUUCCGAUUACAUGGACAUCAGCGAGAUCAAGAUCAAGAAGCCGAAGAAGAAAAAGAGCAAGACUACCAAACAGCGAGCGACCAUUGACGAUGAUGAUCUUGUCCCCACCGAAUCAAAUGGAGCGUCUAUGGAUAUUGACUCAGUCAAUGGAGCCCCUCCCCGAAAACCGGUGGAUCAAAACGUUUCAUUUGUGGAUGAUGAUGACCUACAAGCAUCUCUCGCACUUCAGCGACGUGCUGCUUUUAAAAAGCGGAAGAAGAUGCGCCCAGAGGAUCUCGCUCAACAGCUUCGCGAAGAAGAGACUCAGACGCCAAUGGAGGUCGAAACCCCCAACGGAGAUGCAGAAGAGCCUGGCCUCGUAAUUGAUGAAACAUCUGAAUUUAUCUCCAACCUCCAGAAACCUACAAUCCCCGAGCGGGAAGAGCGACAGAAGUCUACACCCCAGGAAGCUAAACCUGAGCCGGAGGAGCCACAAGACGUGGAUAUGGAACGCUCUUACAAUGACAUUGAAGACGACGAGGAUCUCGCUGAACGUAUCAAGCGUGAGAAAUCUCAGCAGGAGAAAGAAGAGAUUACUGGUACUGGAUUGGAAGAAGAGGCUACUUUGGAUAAGGGGUUGGGAGCUGCUUUGUCCAUGCUGCGACGACGCGGUCUGGUGAAGGACACGGGCGGUAGCGAUCGCAACGCUCUCAUGCGUGAGCGUCAGCGCUUCAUCCAAGAAAAGGAACACCGGGAAGCCGAAGCCGACCGACGUGCCCGGCUGCAGCGUGAGCGCGAUCGUGCUUCUGGCAAGCUCGACCGUAUGACGGCCCGCGAGCGCGAGGAUCACGCUCGCUGGGAGAACAAACAGCGAGACCAGCAGGAAGCCCGCCAGAUGGCCGAGAUAUUCAACAAGGAGUACAAGCCAGACGUGCAACUCAAGUAUGUUGACGAAUACGGCCGAUCGAUGAACCAGAAGGAAGCAUUCAAGCACCUUAGUCACCAAUUCCACGGCAAAGGUAGUGGCAAGAUGAAGACGGAGAAGCGACUGAAGAAGAUGGAGGAUGAGGAUAAACGCGAGGCCAUGAGUACUAUGGACAGCAGUCAACACACAGGCAUGAACAAUGCUAUGGGACAACAGGCACGAAAAAACCGCCAGGCCGGUGUACGCCUGGGCUAA